GGGACCGUGAAGGGAGGGCGACAUUCGGCCCUGGACAGAGGCGCAGAGGUGGGCGAGCCGAGACUGGCCCCGCCGGCGGCCGGCGGAGGGGGCGGAGGAAGGGCCCUCGGGCCCACGACCGGUCCCCCCCUCCCAGCAGAGGGCGCCCCGGGUCGCCCCCAGCCCCCGGCCAGCUGCCCCCACCCCUCGGGCCGCGGGGCCUGCCGUGUCUAUUUAUACCGGCGCGGGGAAUCGGACACCGGGCUGGCUGGCUGCGGCGUCGGUGCCCGUCCUCUGCGCGCUCCCCGGCUGGGCGGCCAGCCCUCGGGGGCCAUGGAGGCCGACCCGUGCGGCUGCUGCGAGCGGCUGGUGCUGAACGUGGCGGGGCUGCGCUUCGAGACGCGCGCUCGGACCCUGGGGCGCUACCCGGACACGCUGCUGGGCGACCCGGGCCGCCGGCGCGCCUUCUACGACCCGACCCGCGGCGAGUUCUUCCUGGACCGCCACCGGCCCAGCUUCGACGCCAUCCUGCACUACUACCAGUCGGGCGGGCGGCUGCGGCGGCCGGCGCACGUCCCCCUGGACGUCUUCCUGGACGAGGUGGCCUUCUACGAGCUGGGCGCCGACGCGCUCGCCAAGCUCCGCGAGGACGAGGGCUUCGCGGCCGAGCCCGAGCGCCUGCUGCCCCGGCGGCCCUUCGCCCGCCAGCUCUGGCUGCUCUUCGAGUUCCCCGAGAGCUCGGCCGCAGCCCGCAUCGUGGCCGUGGUCUCCGUGCUCGUCAUCCUGGUGUCCAUCGUGGUGUUCUGCCUGGAGACCCUCCCCGACUUCCGAGACGAGCGCGACAGCCAGCCCGGGGGCGUCCCGCUCCCAUCAGUUCGGUCCAAUGGAUCCCAGCCAGUGUCUCCUCCACCACCAAGGGCCCCAUUCGAUGACCCUUUCUUCCUGGUGGAAACCCUCUGCAUCUGCUGGUUCUCCUUCGAGUUCUUGGUGCGUCUGGGUGCCAGCCCGAGCAAGGCGGCCUUCUUCAAGAACGUCAUGAACCUUAUUGACUUCGUGGCCAUCCUGCCCUACUUUGUGGCCCUGGGCACAGAGCUGGCCCGGCAACGGGGCGUGGGUCAGCCCGCCAUGUCCCUGGCCAUCCUGCGGGUCAUCCGCCUGGUCCGAGUGUUCCGCAUCUUCAAGCUGUCCCGCCACUCCAAGGGCUUGCAGAUCCUAGGCCAGACACUGCGGGCGUCCAUGCGGGAGCUGGGCCUGCUCAUUUUCUUCCUCUUCAUCGGGGUCGUCCUGUUCUCCAGCGCGGUUUACUUUGCCGAGGUCGACGGGCCCCCCGAAUCGGGCUUCACCAGCAUCCCUGCCUCCUUCUGGUGGGCUGUGGUGACCAUGACAACCGUGGGUUACGGGGACAUGGCGCCCACCACCAUGGGUGGCAAGAUCGUGGGCUCCCUCUGCGCCAUUGCCGGCGUCCUCACGAUCUCCCUGCCCGUGCCCGUCAUCGUCUCCAACUUCAGCUAUUUCUACCACCGGGAAACAGAGGGAGAAGACACUGGGAGAUACCGACAUGUGGCCACCCAGCCCUGCUGCCCUCCGGAGACCCCCGAGGGCAAGGCUAACGGGCUAGUGGGGGGCAGUGGGAAGCACUUGGUCACGGAAGUGUGAGGGGUCCGGUCCAGGGUGGGAAAUCCGUGGGGGGGGAAGGAAGUGAAGAUACGAGAGUGUUGGGGGGGAGCGUGGGAAGCCCGGCAGGAGCUUGGCGGUCGCCUCGGGCUUGUGGCAGCCAGGCUGGCAGGACCUUCGUGGUGGCCUCUGGAUCCCAGAAGUGAACUUCAUGAGCUUCACUGAAUUCCGGCACCUUGAUUGCUGUGACUCGGGAUGGAGUCCUGUCGGGAAAUGUGAGGAUCUGUGGGGUUAUGUGAGCGAACCAGGCUGAGUUAUAUUGAAUCCAGUGAACGUUAAGGAGAUAGGGAUUCGCAGUUGGCAGAGUUUGGAUCACGUGCGUGUCUGGGGCUCGUGGUUAAGGGGUCUCUGUGGCGCUUCUGCUCAUGUGCCCUGUGUGUCUGAGAUCUGUGCUCCCCCUCCCCCCCACUGCAUGAGUCUCUGAGGCUUGUGGUUAUGUUGGAUCUUGUCAGGCUCUGGUUGGCUUUUGGUUGUUGUCCUAUAUGAGUCUCCCAGGGGCUCCUAGUCAUGUUGGGGUGGCUUGGGUUAUCGUCCAACUUUAGAACCUAAGGAGGCUUUAAGCAUCUCAUCUAAUUGUAUCUCUAUACCAUCCCACACCCAAAAACCAUUCAUCCAGCCUCUGCUUGAAGACUUUCAGAGGAGGGAAACUCACUACCUCACAAGGAAGCCCGUUCCACUUUUGGAGAGCUCUCCGGCAAUCUUCCCAUCACUCCCAGUUCUGCCUUGGGGGCCCAAACAAUACAAAUCUACUUAUUUAAAAGCUUUUCAAAUCUUUCAAGAAGACUUCAUGUCUUCUCCAAGUCUUCUCUUCUGCAUGCGAAACAGUCCUGGUUCCUCUGACUCAUCUUGCUGUGCCGUGAUCUCGGCUUCUCUCGGUUCCUACGUGUCCUCUUGAUACUCUCUUAUUGGGACUGACCACAAGACUCCCGCUAUGGGGGGAGUGGUGCAGUGGUCAGCUAGCCUAUCCCCCCCACCUACCCUUGUCCUGGACCUUGGCCUUAUUGAUCCAGCCCAAAAUUUACUGAACAUUGGGGGCUGUCCCCAUACACUGCUGACUCGUGUUUCAUUGGCAGAUUCCAAGACCCACCAAACUUUUUUUUUCCAAAAAUGGCAGCGUGGCCAGAUCUCCAUCCUGCACCUUGCUGAGUUUUUUAACCCAAAUGUGGAAUUUUAAGCUUAUUCUUAUUAAGUCCCACCUUAUUAGAGCUGACUCAGGGUUCCCAAAUAUCUUGAUUUUGAUUCCCAAUUGUUCAGUGAGUUAGCUAUCUUACCUGAUUCUAUGUCAUCUGGGAAUUUAAAAAGCCUCUAUUGUAUUUAUCCACUCAUUGGUCAAAUAAAACAAAACACAAAACAAGAGAGAGGGAUCCCUGAGGCCCUCCCAGAGACACCUUCCAGGGGGACACAGAUCCCUUAGUCAGCACUCUUUUUACACAGCUGACCACCAGUGU